AUGUCAGAAACCACCGAAAGGUGGAACGAGCCAGGGACGUGCGGUACUCUCCUCGCAGAUAGCUACCUCGACCGCCCCGCUGGUGUUCCGAGACGCUCACCCGACCGUCCUGAAGGCUCUGUGACUAGCGAAGCCUUUGGUUACCAGUUCAGAAAGUCUUCGGAUUCAUCUACUAGCCGGAGCUCCGAGCUUGGCUCAGAGGACAACGUACAAAGAAGUACAGAAGAAAUGUUCGACAUGUAUCCGGGCAUGCUUGCCUACCUUAUCUCUGACUCCUUGCGGGACAUGUUCGGAGAGUUGCGAGGCCGACGCGCAAAGAAGCGAAACACCGUCAACAUGGAGACAUUGAUCACGAUGGGCGUACUACAGGAAGGGUUCAAACAGUGGCACGAGCUACUGAGCAAGGCUGGUACCGCAAAGCUUCCUGGUAUUACUCAAGACAAGCCGGAUCCAUUCAAGAUUGGGAUGACGCUCACUCUGAUUCAAUUGUGUGCUCAUCUGGAGCAAGCCGAAUUCCACCUAUACGGACCUAAUCAUUCAUCAAAUUGGGAGCAUGCACACAACGCUCUUGACUACUGCCACAGACUCGGAGCGGAGACCAAAGACACAUGGUACAGCGAAAAUGAGAGUGAAGAGGAAAGCUCAGGCCUCAGAACCAGAUCGACUGACAAACUCCAACCACUGGCGAGAUCGCUUGCGUAUCAUAGUUUCCCGGUCGCUUCUGACGAACACUCUUUUGACGCUAGUGUGGUUGACAUUUUGAGAUGCCGUUCGUCGCUAGACAGUCUCGUUUCGGGGCUGGAGUUGAGGAUUUACAUGUCAAGUUUGGGACCUGACGUUAGCUCUCCGGCCUCUGUACACGUCGAACCUGUCCACACGGCCUGGGUUAGAAGACAUACUAAAGAGUCAGGCGAAACAGAUAUUGAAUCCAUAUUUGCUACGUGA